GAGAAAGAGGAGGAGGAGGAGGCUGACAAACAACACGAGCUGAGCAUCAUUUGCGGAGAUGUUGAACUGAUCGCACACUGCUCGCGCUGUGGACGUCGAAAGAGCGCGUGUCUCCGUGUUUAUUCCUCCUCCUCGGGACGGAGGGGGGGAUGCUAAAGCCCUUAAAACCCCUAAAGCCCUUAGAGCUCUCUGCGCUACUUCUAGAGGGAUGCCUUCUUCAUCCAGGAGAGGAGAGGAGAGAAGAGUGUGGGCCGCGCUUCUUCUGCUAGCCACCAUCACCAUCAGCACCACUAUGGCAGCCGUAGGCCAGUGCCCCCGAAGCCUUGACUGUGCCCGUGAAGGACGUCAUUUUUGCCAGCCUGGCUCGUCCCACUGCGGCCCCUGCCUGGCUCCGCUCAUCGAGAACAAAAGAGGGAAGUGUGUGGUCAGGAGACGGAACCACAUCAAAGAAGUGGAUAUGCGUCCUGAGCUAGACGAAGAGAUCGACUUCCUCUCUUCCAUCAUAACCAAACACAGAGAGUCUGAGAUGAAACACACAGCACCCUCUCAGGCUGCCCCACGUAUCAAAGACGAUUCGGCAAGGCCAAGGAGUCAUCACAGAGGAGAAUCCUCACCCAGCUACGAUGCAGCGGGACAGCCUGUAACACACACUCUGACCACAUUAUCCACUACCACCAGCUCCAGUGCCACCAGCUCCAGUCCCAACACUGUCAGUCCUCUGAUAUCAGCCAUGCAGAGCGCCCCGCUCAUUGAGCCCUACCCGUCUGAGGACCACUCUUAUAUCGUUACAGCAGGAGUGUGUCUUAUGGUGGCUUCAGUGGCUCUGGUUUUGUUUGGAGUGUGCUGGGUGAGAAUGCAGAGAGGAACUCGUCUGGCACAGAAAGUGGACUACCCAGCCUUCGGGGUGAUGAGCCCCCACUCUUACGACAGCGCAGCUUCUGGAGAUAAAAACCUGGCCCAGAGCGCUCAGAUGUACCAUUAUCAGCACCAGAAACAGCAGAUGUUGUCACUUAAACAAAGAGAUGAACCCAAGAUCACUGAAUCAGCAGCUACCUCAGAUGAGGAGAAUGAGGAUGGAGACUUCACAGUGUAUGAAUGUCCUGGACUCGCCCCGACUGGCGAGAUGGAGGUGAAGAACCCUCUGUUUGAUGACUCCACCCUUCAUCUUCAUCUUGACCUGCAAAAAAUCUACAACUGAACCUGGACUGUCAAUGCACGAUCACGUUGAAAACACAUCCACAAUCUUACACCGAGGUCAAAUCCCAUCUGCGAUCCAUGACAAAGACGCCAUGAAGAAGAGGAAGGCAGCUGGGAAAUUAAAGGAGGAAAGAGGAGAAGAGGAUUCAGACUGCGUGGAUUCGACUUCACCUAGUCAGCAAGGGCAGCUCCGGUGUUCCUAGACGCUUUCCGUUUUCAACCUUCCUCUCCAUCCAUUGUUCAUUUAUUGACUGUUACAUUGUAUGUGUAGAAACUGGAAGCAAGUUAACAUAUCUGCCUAAACAAAUGAUUUGCCUUUAAACAUACAGAAACAUCUAUGGUCCUGUACACACGUGUACACUCUCCUGCAUGGAUUGAGCAUUUCCUCUAAUACUCACACCCUACCUUCGGAGGAACGAUACACCGGCAACGAUUUGAAGCAGUUCGUCUUAGUUUUAUGUAUUUAUUUAUUUAUUUAUUUAUUUUUCCAAUCGUAAUGAUGUAUCUCAUAUUUAAAUCUUUUGCACAGGAGUUUCUGCUAUCCCUAGUCUUGCUGAAAUUGUCCACUUUCAGAAGUUACCAGUGUACCAUGGCCUUUCCAGUAUAUGCACGCAUCAGUAUAAAACAUGGAGAGCAUGUCAGCUCCUGUUUUCCACACCGCUCUCAUACAUGACAAAACGAAGGAUCUAGUAUCCGAUUUCACCGGGGAUUCUUAACUGGAAGCUUUCUUUAGCAGAAAGGCUUUAUACUUUGCACGUUCAUGAUUUAUCUGUGCCCUCCACAGGCACUAGGUGGGGUUUAUUGGAACCAGCUCUGGGCUCAUAUCAAAGUUCCUUAUAUUCAGUUAUGCAAAAAAGCAUAUGGGCAGCACGGUGGUGGAGCAGGUAGCGUUGCUGCUUCAUGGUCCCUGGUUCGAUCCUGAGCUUGGGUUAAUGUGUAGAGUUUCAAAUGUUCUACCUGUGAGUUUCCUCCAGUUUCCUCCCACCUCCCAAAAACAUUCCAGUAGGUGGAUUGGCUACACUAAAUAACCUUAGGUGUGAAUGUGUGUGCUUGGUAUACUGCGUCCCAUCCAGUGUGUAUUCCCGCCUUGCACCCAGUGUUCCUGGGAUAGGCUUCAGAUCCACCACUACCCUAACCAGAUUAAAGCAUGUACUAAAGAUGAAUAAAUGAAUGAAAAAUGCACAUUAUUCAGUUUAAGUGGUAAAAUGGUAACAGUAGUGGCUCAAUGGUUAAGGCUCUGGACUACUGAUCAGAAGAUUGUGCGUUGGGUCACUGUUGGGUCCUUGAGUUGCUUUGGACAAAAAGUGUCUGCCAAAUGUAUAAAUGUAAAUGUUUCAACUGCACAGAGUAAAAGCAAAACCUGGGCUCCCGAGUGAUGCACCAGAAAAGCGUCAAGAGCUCAUGAGUUUGAAUCCCAAUCAGGAGUUUGAAUUGCAGGUUCAAAUCCCAAGCAUACCAAAACCAUCCAGAGAGCAAAAUUGGCCAUGAUCUCUGAGUAGGGUGGCAUACUCUCUCUCCCCUGUCAAUCACAGCAACACUAGCCAAUCAUGGGUAUCUGUGAGGUCAUGUAUGCGGAAGAGGGCAGAUAGAGCUUUCCUCCAAGUGGCAUACACUGCCCUGUGACGCAGCAUGGAAAGUGCAAAAGAAGUGAACGUUCCCUGAUCAGGACAAAAUUCUUCAUGCAUAUGAUCCCAGAGCUCAGGUCCAAUAUCAGGACACUACUCAGCCAUCGAAUCUGCCUUUUUAUUUGUACGAUAUUGUGAAUACUGUGCAAUGGAAACUGAACUUGUGCAUAAAAUUACUUGAUGCUUAAACAUAUCAAACACGACAUUAGAUUUCAAGAGCUAGAUUGUAAAAUACAACCGGCUGUCCACUCACACUACAUGUGAUUUUCUGUAUGUACCGAAAAGCCACACUAUAUGAUUUAUAGACGUCAUGAUGUUCCUUUCUACCAAAGUAGAGUCAGUGAUGGUAUUUUCUAAAACUCUAGUUGUGGUUUUAAUAUUUUCAUAAUUGUGCACAUAUGAAUAAGCCUAAAUGAUAUAAUGUAGCCUUUGUAUAGUCUGUAUUGGUCUUACUAUGCAUGAGCUGAAGCUAUGAAAUGAUAAAGGGAGUCCGUAAUGCAUUUUCAACAUUGCUUCAUGACCCUAAGCGUACGUACGUGCCCUGCUGAAAUGUACCAUUUGAGUUGUGGUCCAAACAAAUCUGAGAAAACUGACACAGCAACUGUGAAAAUUGGCAAUUGUGCAUUGAAUGUGAGCUGGCUGCUGCUCGUCCUUACGAUCUGUGAUGUGCCCUGUUGUAAAUAACUGCAGCUGUGUAUAGAGAAGACUUGAGGCCUGCCUGCUCAGUUUGCUGUAUUUGUACAAGCCCCUGUCAUCUCUGCAGUAGAUCUCGCAUUGCGCCUGGCGAUUUGAUGGUGUGCUCGGUUGAAGUAUUCGCUCUUUGCUGCUGGUUCUCAGGAAAACUGCCAACAGUAGCAAGAUCUUCGUUAACCCUAAUCUCCUCUCUGUCCUACUCGUAAAUAAGCCCCACGAUGGUCUUGGAGUGGAUUUCUAUCAAAAUAGUUUCAUGCUUCAGUAUGUUGACUGUCAUUUUUAAAGAUAAAGAAAGGAAAAGUGAUCCACCCUUCUUUUAAAGAAGACUUGUUGAACAUGUCACCUGGAAGUCUCAGUAGAAGCUGUUACAGUGUUCUCAGUGAUUUUCCACUUUAGUAAAGGAUACAGAAUAGCUCCAAAUAUUACAGAAUCACACAAAAAAACACUUCCCAGCAACUACAGCCUAUCCUCUGUCAUCUAAUGAGUAGGCUGUUAUACAUUAAGGAAAACAAAUUCCUGCAUAACAAAUUCCUUCCCGUACACGUCUUGCUGUGUAUGUUGGUCUUGACUAUACUGAACUCUUUUUCACCUAAUGAAAUUGUUUAUCAUGCAUGUAAAGAUAGGAUAUUAUAUAAAGAAGAAGAAAUAAAUAUUUAUAUCAAA